CAGGUUGGCAGCAGCGCAAGAGGCGGCACAAAGGGACCCUGGAUACGCGAGUCAGUACUACGGGAGAAGGUCGAGGUUGGCCGGACUGAGGAGUGGUCUCGGUGACUGGACUAGCUUCGGAGGGGAGGUACCUGGUCUGGUAGACAUGGCACCAGGCCGGGAUCAGGGCGGAGGGGCGGGUGGCGGUGGGGGAGGCGGCAAGGGCACCACGUCGUUGUUUAUCCUGUCGGAGGAUAACUGUAUACGGAAGCAUACGCGCUUCAUCAUCGAGUGGCCGCCCUUCGAAUACGCCGUCCUGCUCACCAUCAUCGCCAAUUGCGUAGUCCUUGCCCUCGAGGAGCAUCUGCCGAGUUCUGACAAGACCAUACUCGCACAAAAACUCGAGUCCACGGAGAUCUAUUUCCUCGGGAUUUUCUGUGUCGAGGCGACCCUCAAGAUCCUCGCUCUCGGCUUCGUCCUCCACCGCGGCUCCUACCUGCGCAACAUCUGGAACAUCAUGGACUUCUUCGUCGUGGUGACCGGGUAAGAGUCGAGAGCUUCUUUGUCAGCAAAAUCCUCCUUUUCGUUUCCUUUCAUUAUUCCCUCUCUGUAUUCCUGUAACUCUGUAUUCCUGAUUAACUUUCUCCAACAAUGAUUUUUAAAUUUAAUUUACUCACAUAUCCUUGGAAAAAGAGUUUCCUGAGAUUAUUAAUUCUUUUAUUAAU